GUCUCACGUAACCAGAAUCCCAAAGAUGGCGGCGUUAGUGGCGCCUCGCCUGGCCAUGUUUGGCUCCUUUUCAACAAGGCCUAUUACAGUUUUUGCUGUUCAGCAGAAGAGUUUGCACAGCAGUGCUAAAAGCGAGAAUACCAGCACAAGUGUGGUUCCAGUCAGAGAGAAGAGCACUGCAGUGGCAGCAGCCAAGCCAGCAUCUGUAGCCAGCAGCAAAGGGGAGUAUGUUAUCACCAAGCUGGACGACCUGGUUAACUGGGCGCGCAGGAGCUCCCUGUGGCCUAUGACCUUUGGGCUGGCAUGUUGUGCGGUGGAGAUGAUGCACAUGGCAGCGCCCCGUUAUGACAUGGACCGCUUCGGAGUCGUGUUCAGAGCAAGUCCCCGACAGUCUGAUGUCAUGAUCGUAGCAGGAACCCUGACCAAUAAGAUGGCUCCGGCUCUGCGUAAGGUGUACGACCAGAUGCCUGAGCCCAGAUACGUCAUUUCCAUGGGAAGCUGUGCUAAUGGAGGAGGCUACUACCACUACUCCUAUGCUGUCGUCAGAGGUUGCGACCGAAUUGUACCAGUGGACAUUUAUGUUCCAGGUUGUCCCCCCACUGCUGAGGCUCUCCUCUACGGGACUUUACAGCUGCAGAAAAAAAUCAAAUGUGAAAAGAAGAUGAAGAUCUGGUAUCGGAAGUGAAUGUGUAAUAUGUAUGCGUGUAUCUGGUAUGUAAAUGUUGUAUUUCUGGUUUCAUUUGGAGCACCGCUCCUCCUCCAUGUAGAGCUGCAGGAACUAACUUCAAUAAAAUCAUUGUGGUAAUUUACAGACAGUUCAGUGGCGCUUAUUUUCAACCAAACACAGCUGCUGGCACUGAGUGCAGUUUCUCUGCAUCUUUAGAUCAGUAUUAAUAUCUGUAAACUGUUUCUGUAAGAGGAGAAACAUAUACAAGCUUGUUACCCACAAGGUUUGUGUUUGUGUCAGAAUUUAAACCAUAAUUUAAAUUGAAUUCAUCUUUAUUCAAGUAGCCAUGUGUGUGGCUUUUCUCAUUUCUAAUAUGAGACUCAAUCAGACUGCAAUAUCUUAAAUAUUAUUUUCCAUAAGCUGGCUUACAUGAAAAUGCAUUACUGUAACAUCUGUUGUGUCAUUAAAUGUUGUGACCGCAAGAGUGAGGUUUGAGCCACUAGGUGGCUCCUGUGAUUCCCAACUCUGACCUUCACUGUUCUGUCCAUACUCAGCAGUGGUUAGAAGUAAAGUGCAUUUUUAUUUAGUUCAUUAUGUUGGAACACUGUGCAAACCAAUAAAAUAUCAGGUCAUUUGGUUUGAGGUGAAUUUCCUCUGA